AUGGGUCCUCCUCGACGAGAUGGUGAGGGUGGAGCAGGGGGUAGUGGUGGUGCAGGGGGUGAUGGUGGUGCAACAUCUGGUUAUGGUGUUGGAUUUGAUGUAGGACCUGUGGAAGGUGCUUCUUGCUCACGAACCCAAAAGAGUGUAUUGGUUACGGGUUUGUGCUCUUUUGGAGAUGGGAUUGUUGGGGCUGCCGACAGGAUUAUCGGUGUUGUUGGUACAGUUAGUGCUAGUGUUGUUACGGAUGGGAUUAUCAGUGUUGUUGAUGCUGCUACUGGGAUUAUUGGUGGUGUUGGUACAGUUGGUGCUACUGUUGUUACGGAUGGGAUUAUCAGUGUUGUUGAUAUUACUGUUGGGAUUAUUGGUGUUGUUGGUACAAUUGGUGCUACUACUGUUACAGAUGGGAUUAGUGGUGUCGUGGAUGUUGUUGAUGGCUUUGAUGCUACUAAGGGGAUUAUCAGUUCUGUUGGUGCAGUGGGUUUUGUUGGUGCCAUAGAGAUAAUCAAGGAUGGCCUUCUUGGAGUAACUGGUUGA